CCGGAAUUAUGUUUCCGCUGCACCGUCCUUCACUACAAGAAGUAUCAGCUGUUGUUGUCGAUGUCUUCUUAAAUGCACUAAUGCAGUAGACCGAGGAUGGAGCCAUCAUCAACUUUCACCUCUGUAGGCGUGAACGAGUGAACGUCAGACAUGCUGACAGGACUCGUUGCCUCCGCCUGCCGCUCUCUGAAGAGGACGUGUCCCCACUGGAAAGCCGCUCUAUCCGGGACUCAGCCGGGACGAUGGCUGCGGGCAGCUAUAGCACAAAGACGGGCUCACGGAUGGACCACGGCACCGUCGUCAAGGAUAAAUCAGAAGCCGGUGUUCGCCAGAGCCCCGGCGUUUGGAGAAAAGCUCGCGAUCAUAGACAGCAGCGGCGGCCACAGCUACAAGCAGCUGUACAGCAGCAGCUUGGGCCUCGCGGGCAGAAUCAGCACCACUUUAAACUGUGAGUUGGGAGGUCUGGAAGGACAACGGAUUGCCUUCCUGUGUGCUAAUGACGCCUCGUAUACGGUGGCACAGUGGGCGACUUGGAUGAGCGGGGGGACGGCCGUGCCCCUCUACAGAAAACACCCGCCAUCUGAACUGGAGUACAUAAUCACCGAUUCCCAGAGUUCCCUGCUCGUGGUGGCGCAUCCCUACGUGGAAACCCUCGAGCCGCUGGCCCAGAAGCUGGGGCUGCCAUGCCUCGAGCUGCCCCCGACUUCUCACCUGGACACUUUAAGUGGGACGGAGACGCGGGACGAGGAGGCGGCCGCCGAGGACUGGGACCAGCGGCCGGCUAUGGUUAUCUACACAAGCGGAACCACAGGGCGGCCCAAAGGAGCUCUGCACACGCACAGCAGCAUUCGAGCCAUGGUCCGGUGUCUGGUGUCGGAGUGGGCGUGGUCCAGAGACGACGUCAUCCUGCACACCUUGCCGCUCCACCACGUGCAUGGCAUCGUCAACAAGCUGCUGUGCCCGCUCUGGGUGGGCGCCACAUGCGUCAUGCUUCCCGAGUUCCAGCCUCAGAAGGUGUGGGAGAUGCUGUUAAAUUCCAGGGCUCCGAUGGUUAAUGUAUUCAUGGCUGUGCCAACUAUUUACUCCAAGCUGAUCCAGUACUAUGAUCAGCACUUCACACAGCCUCGCGUGAAGGACUUCAUCAAAGCCGUCUGCAAAGAGAGGAUCAGGCUGAUGGUUUCGGGUUCGGCCGCGCUGCCGCUUCCCACGCUGCAGCGCUGGGAGGAGAUUACAGGACACGUGCUGCUGGAACGCUAUGGCAUGACUGAGAUCGGCAUGGCCCUGUCCAACCCUCUCAAGGGCCCACGCAUUCCAGGAGCAGUGGGGGUGCCUCUUCCCGGCGUGGACGUCCGGAUCGUCAUGACCAACGCGGCCAACACCACCAUAGUGGAGGGAAACCACAGAGAGACUCGGGUGCGUUCAGGUCUGGAGGGGAAGGAGGGGGAGCUCCUGGUCCGAGGUCCGUCUGUCUUUAAAGAGUACUGGAACAAACCCCAGGAGACCAGAGAGUCUUUCACUGAUGACGGCUGGUUCAAAACAGGAGACACAGUGGUUUAUAAAGACGGCGUCUAUUGGAUUAUGGGCCGCAGCAGUGUCGACAUCAUCAAGAGCGGCGGCUACAAGAUCAGCGCGCUGGAGGUGGAGCGUCACCUCCUGGCUCAUCCUGACAUCAUAGACGUGGCCGUGGUCGGGGCUCCGGAUGCCACAUGGGGUCAGAAAGUUACGGCCGUGGUGCAGCUGAAGAAGGGGCGGAGCAUGUACCUGGCAGACCUGAAGACGUGGGCGAGGGAGCACAUGGCGCCCUACACCAUUCCCACAGGCCUGGUGCUGGUGGACGAGAUUCCGAGGAAUCAGAUGGGCAAGGUCAACAAGAAAGACCUCGUGCGACACUUCUUUUGAUGACCGGACAACUUUGAGACGUACGCACAUCCUGCUUAAAGAACUGAAGGUGCACAAGCAGUCCCUAUGCAGUCCCUUUGAGAAGAGCACACCGACAACACAGACACGUGCUGUAUAUAAGGGAAUGCAAAAUAGUAGAUAAGCAACUUAAUUAAUCAGAACUACAAAUGCUGCUGCAAAGGUAAUUUUGUUGCAUUGAAUUUCAAUCAUCCCAAGCAUUCUUCAUUAGUUGCUGCAUAAGAGAGAUCUGGAAAGCAUCGCUUUAAUGUCUAAUUAGAUUAAAGCAUCGCAAAAAACAGGUCUCUGUGUGAGCCCAGCAAAUUAAUGAACGAAAGGUUUGAAAAUAGCUGAAAAUGCACGAGAAAUAAUGGGUGCAAAUGAACUAACCAAAAUGAACGUUACAUAUAAGAUGAAAUAUGUUGCCCUGUGAAGGGUUUUCACUUGCCACUGGUCCAAGCAACAUACUUUUUUUUUUAGUUUUUAGCCAUUUUAGUGUAUGCAGUGUUGUCUUCACACACGCUUGAAACUAAUUGUAUACACUAUAAAUGCAGUUUGUGUUUCAAUGGACGCUGUACAGCGAUCAGGCAUAACAUUAUGACCUCAGUAACCAUCUUAUAACAAUUGAGUGUUCUGCUGGGAAACGUUUGGAUCUAGUAUUCAUUUGUGUGGAUGGUACUUACCAUGUAGCACCCACGUAGACCAGACCAUAAACUGUACAAAGAUGGCAGAUGCCACAAGGGAGGCGGAAGGGAGACCUACACAGUGUUAGGAAGGUGGUCAUAAUGUUAUGCCUGAUCAUUGUAGUCGCGCAAAGGAAAUGGGAAACUACCUUUUUGUGAAGGUCCUUUUAAUACUGCACUUUCAGAACAGUGCAAAAGAAAAGAGAUUCAUAAGUGCUACAUAACGUAUAUGACUCACAGUCCCUUUAAAGUUGAAUUGUGGGAGGAUGGCAACAGCUAGUUUUGCCUCCUGAUAAAUAAUUACACGCACCAUGAACACGAUUUGUUCCACUAAAAAGGCUUAAAAAUAGCAACGUUUUAUUAAAGAGUGCCUUGUGAACUCUUAUUGGCGUUAUUCAGAUUUUAUAUAGUGACUGUUUUCCUUGUACAUAGAGUGAAGUGACCACAAUUAAUGCUAGUCAGUGCUUAAACACUGGUGCUAGAACGUGACGAACUUUAAAGUUGGGAUGUAUUAGCUUCCUAACGUUGUACACACACACUGGUGCUGCUUGAAACGACGGUGUUAAUCUGAAAAUGAAGUUGUUUUAUAAAAUCUGAAUUAAAAUGUGUUUGCGA